UGGGAAGCGCCAGAGGCUGCGCCCGGACGCGCCAAGCGCGCAGCCCCGCGCGGCAACCCCCGGGGGCCGCCUCGGGAUAUCGGCUCCACCACACUGCAGCUGGAGUCCGCUGGAGAGGGAGAGACCCGGUUCGGCCGUCCCGUUCAAUCCCGUCCAGUCCGGGUCAGUCCCAGUUCUCCCAGCCGGACCCUGCCCGCCAUGGAACCCGUCCUUUUGGCAGACGCCGAGCAGGCGCCCCAUUUCCUCUCUAACAGCUCCGGCGCCAACGCGUCGGAGCCGGAGCCGGAGCUGACUGGGGGCGGCCGUAGCGCCGCGUCCAUCGCGCUGGCCGUGGCUAUCACGGCUCUCUAUGCGGCGGUCUGUGUGGUAGGACUGCUGGGCAACGUGCUGGUCAUGUAUGGGAUCGUAAGAUACACCAAGAUGAAGACAGCAACCAAUAUCUACAUCUUCAACCUGGCCCUGGCAGAUGCCUUGGCCACUAGCACACUGCCCUUCCAGAGUGCCAAGUACCUGAUGGAGACAUGGCCUUUUGGCGAGCUGCUUUGCAAGGUGGUUCUCUCUAUCGAUUAUUACAACAUGUUCACCAGCAUCUUUACCCUCACCAUGAUGAGUGUGGACCGCUACAUUGCCGUCUGCCACCCAGUUAAAGCCCUGGACUUCCGCACACCAGCCAAAGCAAAACUGAUCAACAUCUGUAUCUGGCUCCUUUCCUCUGGCAUUGGUGUGCCUAUCAUGAUCAUGGCUGUGACUCAGGCCAAGGAUGGGAUCGUGGUUUGCAUGCUCCGGUUCCCGAAACCCAGCUGGUACUGGGACACAGUGACCAAGAUCUGCGUGUUCAUCUUUGCCUUCGUGGUUCCCAUCCUAGUCAUCACCGUGUGCUACGGGCUGAUGAUUCUGCGCCUGCGCACCGUGCGCCUGCUUUCGGGCUCCAAGGAGAAGGACCGCAACCUGCGGCGCAUCACCCGCAUGGUGCUGGUGGUGGUGGCCGCCUUCAUCAUCUGCUGGGCCCCCAUCCACAUCUUCGUCAUCGUGUGGACCCUCGUGGACAUCGACAAGAGGAACCCGCUGGUGCUGGCCAGCCUGCACCUCUGCAUUGCCCUGGGCUACACCAACAGCAGCCUCAACCCUGUGCUUUACGCCUUCCUGGACGAGAACUUCAAGCGCUGCUUCAGGGAGUUCUGCCGGCCCUUCCGCCGGGGACCCCAUCGGGAGCCCAGCAGCUUCAGCCGCGCGCGGGAGGCCACCGUCCGGGAGCGAGUCUCCACCUGCUCUCCGUCGGACGGCGUCAGUAGGCCGGCCUGACUAGAGCUGGGCCCGGCCUCCCGGGCAGCCCCAGGGGCCGAGCUCAACUCGGAAGUGACCCAGGUCACCACUACAGAGUUUUAGUCACGCGGUGGGUGGGGGUGGGAAGGGGGCUGCAACAGAGAUGGGAGUGGGCUGUAGGAAAUCCUAGGGUCUCUAUCCUCUUUGCCUCCUCCCCCACCUCCACACCACAACUCCCCGGGGGGUUCACCAGGAUUGGGGGUUGGGGGCUUUUUUUGAGACCCUGGAAGGGAUAUGGCUGAUAUUUCACCCUUUCCCCAUUCCCCUCAAACCCCAAGACUUGGGAUUUCCUGUAGCUAAUUAAAGGCGGGUCUCCACCUCUGUUGGAGUCCAUCAUAACUGGAAUUAUGCCUGGAAGGCGUAAUUAAGGAAUUAAGAACCUUAAAGUGUGUGGGAGAAAGGAGAAAGUACCCCCAUCCUGGUUGGGUUUGAGUGAGAGAGUUAGGUGUCUCACUUUAGUGCAGGUUUUUCUGUGAUGAAGUGGAGGAAAUAAUUUGUGGCGUUAUCCCUCUAAAGCUGGACUCUGGAGAAAUCCUGUUCUUUCCUUCCCACCCCUUCCAUCCAUACAUAUACUGAUGUCCCUUACCCAAGGAUUUGGUUUUUCCAAAAUCACUGAAUGGCAGAGAUGGAAAGGAUCUAAGAGAUAUCUAGUGCAACUCUGAUCUGGCUAACAAUCUCUCCACUGGCAGUGAGUCCAACAGGUAGUCAUCCAGUUUCUUGUUGAAGGCCUCCAGAAAAGGAGAAUUCACUACUUCCUAAAGCAGCCUGUUCCAUUUGGGGACAGCUCUGGAUGAUGUGACUUUUUCCCUGAUGUCACAUUUAAAUCUGUCUCUUUGUAACUUUUACCCAAUGGAUUUUUUCGUAGGUGGGGUAAGGGGAGGAAGAGACAGACGUCAAACGUCUACACAGACAGACCUAGUCAGUCUCAGAAUUCCUUUUUUGUUGUUCACCUGUGUCAGUCAUUCCAUUUGGAAUUUUCGU